UUGUCAAUUUGUGAUGUCAUUGAAAUAAAAUGGAAAAUAAUAUCCGAAUAUCUCAAAUCUCAGAUAAAUUGUGAACAAAAAUAGGCAAAAAUAUGGUUUUAUGCAAUGUCAUAUGUUAAGGUAGUUGCGUAUCAGUUUCUUGAUAUCAAUUAAACCACAAAAACUCUUUUAAAUGUGAAUUGUUACUUUGCAAACUUUAUACUUUUCCAGCAAAAGAAAGGGAGUAGGUUCAAAACACAGGUACAUGUUAGACAGGUCACGUUUUUUUGUUGACAACAAAAAGAGUUGAUAAGAUAAUACCUUGAUCACACCUUGAUGUGCCUUGAUUUUGAACGAUUUUAACAAAAAACACUUCCAACUUUAAAUUGCCUUGAGCUGUUCUUUAAAUUUGUUUUAAGAAGCCUUACAAAAAGAAGUACUACAAAUGUAUCAAAUAUAAGAAUUAAUAGUGACUCUAUAAAAUUUAUCUUAUGCCAAGUAGUGAACAGUCUCAAGAUUAUUUAAAUUUAUUAGAAGCACUACUUCAGCCAAAUGAGUACAAAAAAAGAGCCUGCCAGAAGGAGAGUAGAGUAUUAUGUACACAAAGUUAAAGACUAUUCUUCUAGAUACAAUCAUAUUGGCAGCUUCCAUUAUGCUCCUUGUAAUUUAGUAGGAAAAUAUGAACUGUAUCCUACGUAUGGAGAUUUUCCUGAAUGUUAUUGCUUGAAAAACUAUGGAAGCUGGUGGAAGCAAAGUAGAACUUACCAACCAAAUUAUAGACCACAAGAUUUUGAUUGUUUGGGAGCUGAAGAUUAUAUUACUGUUGAAUUUGAAGAAGCGCUUGUGCCGAGUGAUAUAUGUAUAUAUGAGAUAUUUAAUCCAGGAGCAGUUGUUCGAAUUAGAGGUAAACUAUCAACUGAGAGUAACUCCAAAUGGAUCUUAUUAUGGGAAGGUGCACCUGAAAAGAUUCCUCCAAUUUCAAGGAAAUUUCAUAAAAAAAUUAAAAAUAUUGAUUCAUUGAUCAAUACACUACGUAUCGAAUUCAACCCAACUCACUUGGAAUAUCAUUAUGCAGUAGAAGCUGUUCUAAUGGGAGGUUUCCAAGCCAGAUCAAUGUUAGAAGCUAAAAUUCUCGGUAUAGGGCUUCUCAAUAUCAUUGGAAGUUUUAGUUCAAAACUUACUUGUCAAGAUCCCGAAGAAUCCACAACUGCUUCGACGUCGGAUUGCAGUACACCUUCCUGUUCCUUACCUGAAGUAAAGCCAAUGUUGUUGGAAGAUACUUGUACGGAUACCAGAACUGAUUAUUUUUUGAACUUACCAAAUGAAAUAAUAUUACAAAUCUUCCAAUAUUUAGAUUUAAUAUCGCUAAGUCACUGUUCUAUGGUAAAUAGAAGAUGGAAUGACAUUUCCAGAGAUGCCUUACUUUAUCAAAAUAUAAAUUUACGGCCAUAUUGGCACCUAGUCAACGUUAAUACCAUACUCUAUUAUAGAAGUAGAUGUCAAUUAUUGAAAAAAGUCGAUGUGUCGUGGUGUGGAAACGAUGUACCUCAUUUUUCUACUACCCUUGAAGGGUUUCUGGCCAGCAAUGCUCACAGUAUUACUCAUCUAUCAUUGUCAAGCUGUAAAUUUCUAAAUGAAAACAUGUUUCAAGUAAUUUCAUUGUGCAGCGAACUAGUAGACUUACGUUUAAGAUAUACAUCUGGUUGGAAUUUGUUAGAACGACCCUUGCUGAGUGAUUUUCAAAAAUUGGUUGUCUUAGAUUUAUCUUCAACUGAUAUUCUUGAUGAUGAAGUAAUUGCUGUUUUGCAAAGAAACCCUAAUUUAGAAGUUCUCAAUUUAGAUUUAUGCCAAAAACUCCAAAGAUUAGAUGAAAUAGUACAAACUGCAGUCGAACAUAAUAAGAAACUUUCUGCAUGGAGUUGUUGGAAAUCGUGCUCUAUAACUCCUGAAGGUGUUAGGCGUUUAGGAAGAUGCCCUAACCUUAAAGAAAUCGACCUUGGAUGGUGCCUGAAUUACAAAGAUCCCGGGGAUUCCUUACAUGUUGUUGCAAAGGGAUGUCCAAAGUUAGAAAGGUUGAUAUUAUCUGCAUGGAGAGGUCUUAACGAUGCUUUAUUGGCGCCUAUUAUAAAGUCCUGUAAGGAACUGAAAUACCUGGACCUUUUAGGAAGUAGAAAUAUUACAGGUCAUAUUUGUGAAAAGGCUCUAAGAUUGCUGCCCAAGCUUGAGCUAUUGGAUUUGUGUUAUUCUUUUUGCAUUACACAGAAUGAGGUAAAUCUUUGGAGGCGACAAUAUCCCAAUGUCACCAUUCAAUUUUUUCCAUUUGAUCACCCCAAUCAAUAGUUCCAGUAAAACUGUUAAGAACAGUAAGCGUAAAAGUUAUAUUAGACCAGAUUACAACUGUGAUAUCAAAAUUGAAUUAAAGUGGAUAUAUACAUAGUGAAUUCACGGAUUACACCCUUCUAGAAUCAGUAACGGAUUUUCACAGCAUAUUUAUUUCAUAGGAUGUGACACAUAAUGAAUUCCUAAAUAGUCAGUGCUAUAUAUCUUAUAUCAUAAAGAGGCCUAACAUCACUUCCUAAAAGUAUUUCUUUAAUACAUUAUUUUUUAUUAAUUUGUCAUUGUAAAACUGUAAAUGUCACCCAGUAUAUCGUCGGUAUACUGCGAAAACUGGGUAAAUGCCGAAAUACCGAAACCGAGAAAAAACGUUUUUAAAGUUUAGUGUUUUGUUUUGAAUUAACGGGACAACUUCUGUUUGAUAUUCGGUAUUCUAGUGAAAGAUGCAUAUAUCAGAAAUGAUAUUCUAUCAUUAGUUUGAAAAAGUUAAGACAACUAGCUGAUUAAACCUAAAUUUAAGAUGGAGAUGCGGUCACUUAUCUGGUUUUACCUGUAAAUCUAAAUUAAUCAUUUACCCUUAAAAUAACACAUUUAUAACAAAUAUAAUAAACCAAAUAUAAUAUUUUGUAGUUCUCUGAUCGGAAUAUGAGGCUUUAACUAGUUAUUAGCAAUGUUUUUAAGGGAUUAGUCGAUAAUUAAUUAUAACAUCUAACUGGUUUUCCCUGAACAUUUUAUUCUGGUUGUAGUCAUAUAAAUAUUAUUUACAUAAAUGAUAGGCAGUUUUAUAGAAAAAUCAAAUUUAUUUUGAACGUGUUAUAGAUACAACAAAAUAAUAUUACUAUGCUUAUUACUCGUCAGAUUAGUCACUGAAAGCAGGAUCUGACAAGAUGCCAUUGGCAUCGGAAAAUACCAUACCACCUGUUAUAUUCCUCCGGUAUCACUCCCUUAUCAAAUAGCUGUAACAAAUCCCUGUUUUUUGCUAUGCUAGUUGGCAAAGUUUUAUCAUAAAGUUGCUUAAGUUUUUAUCGACCAACAUAAGCAUGCUUAUGUUUGUUGAUAACUCAGCUUGCUUUUUUCUUGUUGACUGCCGUGCAGUAUCAAUAAGGAAAUGAAGCUUGGUGACGCGUCUUAACUGAAAUGGAUUCUGUUUGUCUCUUUUUUCACGAAUCUCAUCUUUUCAUCUUUAACCACAUUAUUUUUUCGCCGUUUUGGUCUUUUGGUCGGUUUUUAAUUAGAGUGUGUGACAAUUUUUUUAAAUCAUAAAAGUCGUAGUACCUAUUUAAAAUCUUUACACUUGUAUGGUUCUAUACAUACUUUUCUAUCACUGACCUUGACAUUUUUAGUUUCCCUUGCAUUUUGAAAAAACAGACUAGUAAUCUAGCAUGCCAUAGAGAGACCUGAUUUCUAGCGGUUUAGAUGCUGCUUUGUAUAGAGUCAACUUCCAUACAAGAAUGUCCCGACUCUAAAAAUUUAUGUUACGAUACUGUCCUCUGCAGGUAUAAGAAAAUACACAUAUUUCACUUGCUUACAUAUUCUGGGACACGUUUUGAUAAUUAGUUGGGUAUGAUGCUUUCUAUUUCAGAACUUCCUCGUCCACCGUUAAUUUCUGACUAGGCAGAACGGUAAGCUACAUUUGGUAAGAAUAUAUGAAUUGUCCAGUUAAUCUGGAAUCUGUAGUAUAGCCUGUAGAUCAAAAUUCCGUUGUUGAUUAGAGCUUUUCUUAUCAUUUAGAUUUUCGAGAUUCCGUACUUCUUUUUUUCUGAUGUUGUCUAAAUCCGGUUUCUUAGUUGGAUUAGCCAUAUCAUAGUAUGAUAGGGCUAAUAAAUAUUAUUUAUUACAAACUAAACAUUGAUCUUAUUUAGGACAAAAAGCUUAAAUUAUAGUCGUUAGAAAAUAUUCUUCGGUGUGUAAUUUCGCUAAUACUUGCCGGUUUCUUCAGCUGACAAUCAUUUAUAUAAAGUUGAUACAUUUUCCUAGUACUCAAAUUUUUGUCCAAAUAUCUACGCUUCGAACUUUGGCGAAUAUAUUGUAGGACCAUGGUUGGAACAGACUCAAUAUGAGCCUUCACAAUUUUUCGGUUUUCAUUGCUUGUUUUAUUUGGCAGUAUAUGCUUGCCUCUUUUGCCCGUAUCUGCAUAACAACAUAUAAUAUUCAUUUUUCUUACAACAUCUUGCAUUUUUUUACGCUGAUAUACAAAGUGUCUUACAAAAAAACUUCUCACAUACCUGUACCUCUUGACUAUUCAAAGAAACAUAGUCGAUACUAUCUAUUUUACCAGUCGAUAUGAAUGAGAAAUUUUAAUAAAACAUACAUGUAAAAUGUAUUAAAGACAUUUAUCACCUUUUUACUAAAUAUGGUAUACAGCAGUAGAAAUAUAUUUUUGUCCGGCAAAAUAAUAUAUGUGCGCUUACUUGGUUUUACAUGCAACAAAACUUUAAUUUUGUGGAAGUAAAUAGCGAUAGAUUGUUUUACUUGAAAAUGAAAAGUUGGUUAUGUGUAACUUAUAUGUUUAUCACACAAAUUAUCUGCUGAAUGGUAAGUCGUAUCAUUUACUGGGUUUUACCUGUAUGUAGAGCGUAAAAAGCUGAGAAUUUUGGUAUACUUAACUCAAUAUUUUAAAAUUUGUCAUUUACCUGGUUUUCGCAGUAUACCGACGAUAUGUUACAAUUGUUUUUAUUAAAUAUUAAUUUUAAUUACCCAUAUAUUAUUAUGUACAUUAUCAAUUGUUAUAUUCAAUAAAAAAUGUUUAAAAUUU